AUGUCCGGAGAGGAAUUUGAGGAGUACGCCUCGGCGCUGAGCGAGCUCGUGGUGAACAGCAAGCCGAUCAUUAACGCGCUCACGAUAUUAGCCGGGGAGAUCGCGGGUAAGGAUGAAAAAAGAGCGGAGGCGGUCGCCGAGCUCAUCAGAGCGCACAUCAAAAAGUCCCCGGCGAAGAGCAAGCUGUGCGGAUUCUAUUUACUAGACAGCGUGGUGAAGAAUCUUAGAGAACCAUUCGUGCGAUGCUUUUCGAGAGGUUUGAGCGAUUUGUUCCUUCCCGCGUACGCCAAAGUCGACGCUGCGCAGAAAAAGAGCAUGCAACGCUUGUUUGGGACGUGGAAGCCGGUGUUUCCGUCGAGCGCUUUAGAUGACAUAGAACCACACAUCUCGGGGGUGUCAGCGCCAAGCGCAGCGGCGCCGCCACUGCAGGUCGUCGCCGCGCCGCAGUGGCAGGCGCCACCGUCCGCGCAGCUUCAACAGUGGGCACCUCCAGUACAGCAGUGGGUCGGGUAUGGAGCACCGCAACAGCCGUACGCGGGUUACGGUCAACACGUCGCCGUACCGCCGCCGCCCGUCAUCGCCGCCGCAAACCCCCUCGCCGGCGUGUUCAACGGCGGCAGUGGCGGCGAUCUCUCCGCACUCAUCGCGUCGUUGGAGGCGAAGCAGGCGUCGAGCGCGGUGGCCGUCGUCCCUCAGACGACCGCUGUCGUGUCAACGCCGGGAGAACCUCCGGCGUUGACGACGGAUUUCAACCCACAGAAGGAUUUAGCCGAACUUAGCGUGAGAAGAGAGAGCGUUAUCAGCGCUCUGUACCAUCAACUCCCCUUUCAGUGCCUCCAAAACGGCCGACGUUUUCGCACGCAAGCUGAACUCGAUGCCCACAUGGAUUGGCUCCACGCUCGCCGAAAGCGUCGUCGCGACGGCACGGUGAGCCGAAAGUGGUUCGUCGAUAUAAGCGCCUGGCUCAAGGGACUGAAGACGCUCGCCGAGGACGUGAUGAACUUUUUUGGCGGCGACGACAAGGACAGCGCGGCCGAAGCCACCGUGGACGAUGGCUUGGACGACCUGAGCGUGCCCGUGGACGAGUCGCAACCGACAUGCGCGCUCUCAGGUGAGGAAUUUGAAAAGUUUUGGAACGAAGCCGAACAGGAGUGGCACUACCGCGGAGCAAUCCUUCUCGAUCGCGCCGUUGGUGGCGCCAAGAAGGGUUCGAUCGUUCUCGCGCGCGCGGUACCAAAGAAACGCAACGCCGCGACGAAAUCGAAGGCAAGCAAGACGGCGGCGGUAGCGGUUGUGAAAACUGAGGAUGGAACGACGCGGAGAAGCACGCGCGGAGCGAAGACGAAGAUCAAGGCCGAGGGCGAACCCGCGGAAACGAGCCCGGCGAAACGCGCGAGGCAUUAG